UUGCCAAAAGUCAUACUGAGUAAAUUAUUUUUUACUUUUAUGUUAACGGCUCCCCAGACAUUAUGAUAUACUGUUGUACCAGGUAAGUACACACAGAAUCGGGAAUUUGAGACCUUUGGGCAUUUAGGAACAUGUGAGUUGAGUGCAUGUGAAGUGUUUAAACCAGGUGGUCUGAAACUGUCUGCUCUGACUUCAUUGUGUGGGUUUAGCUUGACCAUAUAAUGUUUACAGUAAGUUACUGUAGCACCACAUCUUGGUUUACAGACUCUGUUUGUUUUUAUUGUGUUAAUAGAAUGCAAAAAUGUCCUCAGAAAUGUUCCACCACCAUAUGUUAAACAUUUUCAUUCAGUUGAAUCUAAUAAUGUACUGUACAACUCUUCAGUGUGUAAUGAUAUAUAUGUUCUGUAUUUUUCGGACUGUAAGGUGCACUAAAUUCUAAGGCACAUUAAGCCAAACAAAACAGAUAAGUCAAACUUUAUUCAACUCAUUGACAAUAACUCUCAAAAUUGUUCAGUUGUAAGACAUAAAAUACAGAACAAUUCACUCACUUUUCAGGAUUUGUGUAUUGAUGAAUGUGGAUUGAUCAGUUUGAAAUCUGCUUCAUAAGCAUGGCUCUCAACAGGUGCCAGGCCCUUAUACACACACACCAUAUUAUGUUGAAGCACAGUACGAAUUACUCUACGAGGGUGCUGACUAUGGUAGCCAUGCUCCGACAAUACAUCAAGUGGUGCUGCUUUGUAGCUUACCAAAGACAUACUAAAACAUUUGACAGAUGCCGUGAGUGCCGUGUACCACAUAGAAUUGGUUUGAAAUCAGUAAACACAACCAUACAUAAGGUGCACUGUCUAUUUUUGAGAAAAUUAAAGGCUUUUAAAUGUGCCUUAUAGUCUGAAAAAUACAGUAAAGCCAGGUUUAUUGGAAGUGUGUCUAAUUCCACUUUCUUUCUGUCUUACAGGUGACCUGCUGCAGAAAACCCUCUCCCUCUAUCAUUAACAAGCAAUUCAGUCUGUCCUAUCACUCUCCCUCUCCCUGCUCCAUCUUUUUUGACAAGCCAUUCUAUCUUCUAUCAUUUCUCCGCCAUGAGCUCUAUCUAAGUUGACAAGCUUGAACCUGAGUUGAAACGCAAUCCUGUGACUUGAAAUCAAGUUUUACCAGAAUCUAAGUUUUUGGAAUUGAAGUUACCAGAACUUCGUCAAUCUGUUUUCAGAAUUCUGAGAGAUCUCCGCUCUCACUGCUCCAUCUUUCCUGUCGUUAAACUCUCUCACAUCCAGUCAUUUUGCUGGAAAUUACAAGUAAAAAGUUGAAUAUACAGUAAUAGAAUUACAGAACAGUAGAACUCACUGUAGAAACUACUUACAGAGCCCUACAUUUGUCAUUUUAAUUUUUACAUUACACUUUGGAAUAAACACUGAUAGUUUGGCUUACGAGUGCUGUUACUUUGAUAAAUUAUAUAAAAUACACACCUUUUUCAAGGUUUAUUUGUAAUAAGAUAAUCUGGUUAUUUUGUAAUACAUACAUUCAGACUUAUAUUCACAUAAACAAUAAAUUGGAUCCAAAUAUAUUUUUCAAGUCUGUUUCAUUGGCUAUAACAUUUGACUACAAGUUUAUACUAUUAUUAUUUAAGGACAAACCCUUUUUUGUCACUCAGUGUAAGUAUUCAGUUACAGUUGUCAUCUAGAGGCUGCCCUGAGAACCCAGACUUCCUGUUUCCUGACUGCUGCAGAACGUCCAGCUGAAGAAUCCCCAUAGCCUGUCAUCUGAUCACCACACCAUCACAGCUCCUUAUAUUUGCUUUAAAUUUUGUGUAAAUCUUUCAGAUAUUUAAAGUCUACUUAAAAGCUAAGAGUUUAAUUAUAGCCUGUUGAUUGUUGAGAUUUAUUCUGCAUAUUACUUUACAGAAGUAUAGACCAAUUUGUUAUCCAGUCUGGUUAAAAAAAAUAAAGUAAUAAUAUACAGUUUUUGAAAAAGGUACAAUAAAACAGACCAAAGUGUUUUCAAAGAACUUUAAAUAAGUUAAACUAAAUAUUGAGUUUGUAUUUAAGUGAGCCUUUUACAUCAAUUCUGAUAAAGCUCUGAUUUAAGAGAAAGUUGAGGAAUCAGUUUUUCAGUGUUUACAGGUUGAGUUUUGUUUACAUUUGUGUAUAAAUACAUAUAAGGUCCAGUUUGUACUUGCACAAAAUGCCAAGAAAAAGUCAAAGGUCACAGUCCCAGAAGCUUAGAUGGCAAAAGCAGAAAGAACAGGUAAAUGUUUCUCAGAGCGGUGAGGAGGUAAAGGUGUCUGUUACAAGUAUUCCCAGUCCAGAAGUGCAGAGCAGCGUUCAGACAGCCGCAGUGUCUUAUGCAGAUGUGUUAAAGCGAGGCGUUUGCUCAGCAUGUGUGCCAGAUGCUAAAGUACAGCAGGUAAUCCAGACUGAACCCCAGGUAACUGUGCAAACGCAGCAUGAUGGAGAAGCUCCAGGACCGUCUCAUGUACAGGUUACAAACAGUGAAAGUCGUCCACGAGUGAGUAGCAUCUGUGCGUCCCGAAGCCAGGCCGCUGCUAAGUAUGGAAAGUACAGGAAUCAGCAAUGCAUGGCGAACAGUUUGGUUUUCCUGUCAUUCUUACACGAGGAUGAAUUCAUUACCAGAGCAGAUCUAAACUGUGUGUUGGACAAAGGCCAUGCCGUGUAUUCAGAUGCCAGAAAGAGGUUUGUGAACAGCGUGUUUCUCGCCUGUGAUGAGCUUCCCACAGUGGUCACCAGCCGCAGACACGAGUAUCAAGUGGACAUGUCUCAGUUUGCUCAUUAUGGCACAUUUGAUGGUACAAAUCAUCUUCCGAGCCUUGAACAGGGACUACAGUGUUUGGCUUCAGCGGUUCGCUAUGCUUUGCUAGUCAUGGGAGGAACCGUCAUUGCAGUUUGCAGGCUGACUUCAGGUGAAUACGCAUAUUUUGACCCUCACCCACGUAAGUCUACAGGAAUGCCAUUGUCGCUAGCUGUAAGUGGUGGAACUGCAGUUAUGUUAAAAUUCACACGUCUUAACGACAUGAUUGACAGGAUCAAACGCUUGUACCGAAUGUUUAGCAUCGCGCCAUCCUGCACUUAUGAGCUACAGCCUGUCGAGUUUCACAGUGAAAACCCUGCUGACCAAAGAGAUGCUGAUGAAAACAGACAAACAGCUACAACUGUUCCAGCACCAGCUUUAAAUGAACCUGAAUUUGAAACCCCAAAAUCCACUGAGCAGACACAGAAAACUGUGACCGACACUUUAGCCACUGAAGUGAUGUCAUCCAGAGUGGAUUAUUCAAAUGAGCCAGCUGCUCAGCUGAACAAUCGUCCUUCUGAUUAUUUAGAAAUAGAAACCCCUGCAUCUUCUGUAAGAGACACUCAGGUAACAAAAGAAUCUGUUCCUCAGAAUGAUUUAAACACUGCCUCCUGUUUGACUGAGACAACAGAGGAACUCUCACAUAAACUGUUGAAGCUUAAUAAACAGCAAAGGAGAAAGAUUAGGAGACGAUUAUUGGUCCAAGAAAAUCUUCCACAGAGAAAGGAAAAUCAGAAAAAGAAAGAAAGACAGACGUACACUUUUGAUGAAAGCUUUAAGGCAAAGAAAAAAGAUUCUAGUAGAAAGUCUCAUGAUUCUGAUCACAGUAAGAAAAAGAGUGUGUACAAAAAUAAUCUGUAUAAACUCAAUGCUACAUAUAGAGAGAAACAGAGAGAACAUUUUAGAAAAAUCUACAGAGAUAGUGCUAAAAUUAGAGAGAGAAAAAGAGAACGUGUCAUAAGGAUGUAUAAAGAAGAUUCGUUAUUCCGAGAAAAGCAGAAGGAACGGCCAUAA